GUGUCAUGCAGUACAUUUGUCUUGUUUCGGCUCUUUUUGUUCUUGUUUUGAGUCGAGGUAUUCCUACAAUUCCACAACCAAGAAUUGAUGUAUGGUCAGGACCUAAUUGUCAUAUGUGUGAGGUAAUCCUUAAUAAUGUCCGAUAUGAGUAUCGUAACAAUUUCACAAAUGUAACUCCUGACCAACUUCGGCAAUCUCUUUACCAACAAUGUGAUUUAAAUUUGAACGGCUUCACUGAUCAAGAAUGUCACAAAAUUGCGGAUGAAGAUUCUGCUGAUAUACUUCAACAACUUCAAGAAGGAACAUCUUCAUAUCGAAUUUGUCAAAGAGAACUUUUAUGCUGAAAUUUUUAUCUUGUUUAUCUAAUGUCUUUAUACUCAUUGAAUUUAAAUAUUCAAAUAUAAUUUUCAUGGUGU